UCCGCGGGAGAGCAAAACCCAUUGUCUCUGCUCGCAAGGAGUUUCCAUUCCAGCCAGUGAGGUACGCGGAGGUAACCGGUGUGAAUGAGUAAACACCAGUACAUACAAACGGCAGUACGAUUUUGAAGAAAUAACAAGUAGGACAUAGGAUGGCCAGUGUCGCCAGAGAAGGCUUCAGAAGAGGUGACAUUCAAGCCAAGACAAAAGGAUAGAAAAGAGCGAAACCAGGCAAACACCAGGAUAGAGUGUCCGACAGAGAAAAGCAUGUGCAAAAAAUCUAAGUUGGCUUGGCAUGUUAGAGCAACUGAAGGAAGGCCUGGCUGGGCGCGGUGGCUCACUCCUGUAAUCCCAGCACGUCGGGAGGCUGAGGCAGGAAGGAUCGCUUGAGCCCAGGAGUUCGAGACCAGCCUGGACAAAAUGACGAGACCCCCGUCUCGACCAAAAAUUUAAAAGCCGGACUCCGUGACCCGUGCCUGUGAUCGCACCACUGCACUAGGUGACAGUGAGACUGCUUCAAAAAAAGAAAAAGAAAAAAGGCCAGUGACAGUGAGACCAGGGCUGAGUUAAAUGAGGGGAGAAUGGAAGGUGAAAAGUUGAGAAAGUGAGGUCGGUGGCAGAUCAGGACUUUUGGUUAUGGAAAGGAAUUUGGGCUGUAUUCUAACUGCAGUGGAAGCCCUUUAACUCCGUUCGCCUGCUCCCUUCAUUAGGGAAAAAUCUUAAGGGAGAAGAAAAGGAGAAGUUCAAGAACUGAGCCUUGGUGAAUACAGGCCUUUAAAAGGCCUUCUGGCCAACGUUAAGAGCUCAUUUGAUAUUUGAGGUGUCCGCUUCCAGUAGCCGACCGAUGACCGUCUUAUAGAGCACUUCCGGCUUCAUCUGCCACUCGCUCCUCCGUCUACCUAGCUGGGCUUUCCAUUGCGCUAGCGGAAAGCCUACCCCGCCCCGGAACUUAACCGUUGACGAAAUGAAAGGUUUAAAUCCUCGGAACCUCGAUCCUGGAGCGCCGAUGGCGCCCGCAGUUCUCCAAGAAGACUUGGGAUUGGUCGAGCGCAGAACCAGCGCGGGGCGCUGAUUGGUUGGCACGCCAGUACGUAACGGCGACCGUGCGCGGCGCUCUAGCACCACCCCCGCUCCCUGACUGGCGGGGUUUCUGACCAGUCAGCAGGCGCGGCGCGGCCUUCGGUUUCGCGAGCCUGUGUUUGCCGCCUAGGUUCCCGCGACCCCAACGUCCCAGAGGCGGUACCGGAGUUGGUGGUGAGGCGGUGGUGCUUCCUGGAGCCGGCUCCUGCUUCUACCCUGCAAACAGACCUCAGCUCCGCGGAAGUUGCGGAUACUGAGGAUUUGAAAUUAAAGAAAUAAUUCACCAGACAUCAUGGAGCCUAUAUAUCCUCUUGCAUGGCCCCAGAUGAAUACCAGGUUUCCUUCAAGCAGGAUGGUACCUUUCCACUUUCCUCCAUCAAAAUGUGCACUUUGGAACCCAACGCCAACUGGAGAUUUCAUCUACUUACAUCUCAGUUACUACAGAAAUCCAAAGCUUGUAGUGACUAAAAAGACCAUCCGGCUUGCUUAUCGUCAUGCUAAGCAGAAUAAAAAAAAUUCAUCGUGCUUUUUACUUGGUUCUCUGACAGUAGACGAAGAUGAAGAAGGUGUGACAUUGACAGUAGAUCGCUUUGAUCCUGGUCGAGAAGUACCUGAAUGUCUAGAAAUAACCCCUACUGCUUCUCUUCCUGGGGACUUUUUGAUUCCAUGCAAAGUUCAUGUUCAAGAACUUUGUUCAAGAGAAAUGAUAGUUCACAGUGUAGAUGACUUCAGUUCAGCUUUAAAGGCUCUACAGUGCCAUAUAUGUAGCAAAGAUUCCUUGGACUGUGGUAAGCUGCUUUCCCUAAGAGCUCAUAUCACUUCCAGGGAGACUUUGGACAGUGUGGAAUUUGACUUGCAUUGGGCAGCAGUAACUCUAGCAAAUAACUUCAAAUGCACACCUGUGAAGCCCAUCCCCAUUAUUCCAACAGCUCUGGCAAGAAACUUGAGCAGUAAUCUGAAUAUUUCUCAAGUUCAAGGGACUUAUAAAUAUGGAUAUCUUACCAUGGAUGAAACACGCAAAUUGUUACUUUUGUUGGAAUCUGAUCCCAAGGUUUAUUCUCUACCAUUAGUGGGAAUUUGGCUGUCUGGAAUUAUACAUAUCUAUAGUCCUCAGGUAUGGGCUUGCUGUUUGCGAUACAUAUUCAAUUCUUCUGUUCAAGAAAGGGUUUUUUCAGAAUCUGGAAAUUUCAUCAUAGUUCUCUAUUCUGUGACACAUAAGGAGCCUGAGUUUUAUGAAUGCUUCCCUUGUGAUGGCAAGAUACCUGACUUUCGGUUUCAGUUGCUAACCAGUAAGGAAACAUUACAUCUUUUCAAAAAUGUUGAACCUCCUGACAAAAAUCCAAUCCGUUGUGAACUGAGUGCUGAAAGCCAAAAUGUAGAAACAGAGUUUUUCAGUAAGGCUUCCAAGAAUUUUUCAAUUAAGAGGUCUUCCCAAAAGUUAUCUCCUGGGAAAAUGCCAAUACGUGAUCACAACUCUGGUGUUGAAGAUGAAGAUUUUUCUCCAAGACCAAUUCCUAGUCCUCAUCCAGUGAGUCAGAAGAUUUCUAAGAUCCAACCAUCAGUUCCUGAACUUUCACUUGUGUUGGAUGGCAAUUUCGUAGAAUCAAACCCUCUGCCUACUCCAUUGGAAAUGGUGAAUAAUGAAAAUCCUCCUUUGAUUAACCACUCAGAACACUUGAAGCCUUUGCAACCCCAGCUUUAUGAUGAGAAACACAGUCCAGAAGUUGAAGCUGGAAAGCCUUCCUUGAGAGGAAUACCAAAUCAGUUAAACCAGGAUAAACCAGCUCUUUUGAGACAGUGCAAAGUAAGACAGCCACCUGCCUGUAAGAAAGGGAACCCCCAUAGUAGGAACACUGUUAAACCAUCUUCUCAUAAUGGAACAUCUCCUGAUAUAUUUGAAAAGCUCCAAACAGUUUCUGCUGGAAAUGUACAAAAUGAAGAGUAUCCUAUAAGACCCUCCAAACUUAAUUCUAGACAGUCUUCUCUUGCCCCGCAGUCCCAACCACCCAAUUUUGUUUUUUCACCCCAUAAUUCAGGAAGACCAAUGGAACUUCAGAUACCUACUCCCCCACCGCCAUCUUACUGUUCCACAAGCGUUUGCAGGUGUUGUCAGCAUCAUAGUCAUAUUCAAUAUAGUCCGCUAAAUUCUUGGCAAGGAGCAAACACAGUUGGAUCCAUUCAAGAUGUCCAGUCUGGAGCCCUUCAAAAGCAUUCAUUAUUUCACCCAAGUGAAUGUCCAGCUCUGAACUGUAAUGCAUUCUGUUCUUCAGGUAGUCCUAUAACCUUGAGACCUCAGGGAGGUAUGGACAGUUGUUCUCCCCACAGCAAUAUAGAACCAUCGCCCGUGGCAAGACUACCUUCACAUAUGGACUCAUGUAACUCACAGCUUUGCACAGUGUGCAUGCACACACCCAAGACUGAAUCAGAUAAUGGAAUGAUGGGACUAUCUCCUGAUGCAUAUCGGUUUCUCACAGAACAAGACAGACAGCUGAGACUACUUCAGGCACAGAUUCAGCGUUUGUUGGAAGCACAGUCUCUGACGCCCUGUUCCCCUAAGACAACCACCGUUGAAGACACAGUGCAAGCUGGAAGACAAAUGGAGUUGGUUUCCAUGGAAGCACAGUCUUCCCCGGGCUUGCACAUGAGAAAAAGUGUAAGCAUUGCUGUGAGCACAGGUGAUUUCAGUUUUUUUUUCUUAACCCUUUCUUGUAAAAUUACUACAUUUCAAUUAUAUGUUAAAGGUACCUCAGUGACUAACACAUUAUAUAUCCUUCCCAGCAGCUCUUCUCUAGUUGUGAGAAAAGAACCUGAUGUACCUGUGUUCUUUCGAAAUGGCCAGCUGGCAGAAAGUAUAAGCAUGUGUUUACAGACUGGACCAACAGGGGGUGCCAGUAACAAUUCUGAAACAUCAGAGGAACCAAAAAUUGAGCAAGUAAUGCAACCCUUGCCUCAUCAACCAUCAGAUAACCAGAAAAUUUACCAGGAUUUAUUGGGUCAAGUAAACCACCUAUUGAGUAGUUCCUCCAAGGAAACUGAGCAGCCAUCUACCAAAGCAGUAAUUAUCAGUCAUGAAUGCACCAGAACCCAAAACGUUUACCAUACAAAGAAAAACACACAUCAUUCAAGACUGGUGGACAAAGAUUGUGUUCUUAAUGCAACUCUUAAGCAACUAAGAAGCCUUGGAGUAAAAAUUGAUUCUCCCCCUAAAGUGAAGAAAAAUGCACAUAACGUGGAUCACGCCAGUGUGUUGGCAUGCAUCAGCCCAGAAGCAGUGAUCUCUGGAUUAAACUGCAUGUCAUUUGCUAAUGUUGGCAUGAGUGGCUUAAGCCCCAAUGGUGUGGAUUUGAGCAUGGAGGCAAAUGCUAUAGCUCUGAAAUAUUUAAAUGAAAAUCAGCUGUCACAACUGUCUGUCACUCGAUCAAACCAAAAUAAUUGUGACCCAUUCAGCCUUCUCCAUAUUAAUACAGACAGAAGCACAGUAGGGCUUAGUUUAAUUUCACCAAACAACAUGUCAUUUGCAACCAAAAAAUAUAUGAAGAGAUAUGGACUCCUACAAAGCAGUGACAAUAGUGAAGAUGAAGAGGAGCCUCCCGACAAUGCAGAUAGCAAGAGUGAACAUUUAUUGAAUCAGAACUAUACGUCCAUACCUGAACAGCUUGGUGGUCAGAAAGAGCCUUCUAAGAAUGACCAUGAAAUAAUUAAUUGUUCUAACUGUGAAUCUGUGGGCACCAACACAGAUAUGCCAGUAUUAAGAAAUAUUACAAAUGAAGUUUUGCAGACAAAAGCAAAACAGCAGUUGACUGAAAAGCCAGCUUUCUUAUUAAAGAACCUUAAACCAAGUCCUGCAGUGAACCUUCGAACCGGGAAAGCAGAGUUCACUCAACAUCUUGAGAAAGAAAAUGAAAGGGACAUUGCAAUUUUUCCUGAAAGUCUGCAACCUUCUGAAACUCUAAAGCAGAUGAAUAGCAUGAAUUCAGUAGGCACCUUCUUAGAUGUAAAACAUCUCAGACAGUUACCAAAAUUAUUUUAACCUUUUAACUCCCUGCUCUUUUAAUACAGGGACAGGGUGUCUCCUGAAGAUACUUAGGGAAGCCAGAGAGCCUUGUGGUAGUUUUGGGAUUUCCUGAUCAUUCUGGAGUCAGUCUGUUUCUUGGUAGCAGCCAACUGGGAAGAGUGACUUUUUCUUGAGAUGGCUGACUAGUGAUAGGACUAAGUUCUCAUUGUUCAAAUAGAGUUGUUCAACAUCACUGAAACCUUUAAGAAAAACAAACCCUGAGAUCAGUUAUUCCUACAAAUUUAAGUAGAUAAAUACUAUCCAGCUCUGAGUCUCAACUGCUCUUUUAUACUGUACUUUUUUUACUUUUU